ACUUCGAGAUCGGAACAAUCAAACAUGUACUCCAAGGUCAUAAUCUUCCUGUGCGCCGCGGGCAUCGCCUCCGCCGGCAACCUGCUGCACGCCGCUCCGCUCGCCUACAGCGCGCCCGUCUCCUCCGUCUCCUACUCAUCCCACGCUAGCCCGGUUGCCACAUACGCCGCUGCUCCCGUCGCAACUUACGCUGCUGGCCCAGUCCUCGCCAAGACCGUGGCAUACUCCAGCCCCGCCGUCGUGACUAAGACUUACGCCGCACCCGCCGUAGCAUCUUACGCCGCACCCGCGUACUCCGCGUACCACGCCGUCCCAGCAUACUCCACCUACCACACCGCUCCCGUCGCCACCAUCACCAAGUCCGUGGCUCCCGCCGUCUCCUACUCCUCCGUGUCCAGCUCCAAGACUGUGUCAUCUCCCGUUGUCGCGCACUACGCUCACGCCGCGCCCGCUGUGUACGCCGCUGCCGCUCCCGCCGUGGCUUACCACGCCUCUCCUGUAGCGACAUACCACUCCGGCCCCGCUGUAGCCCAUUACGCCGCCGCUCCCGUGGUCAAGUCCGCCAUUACUUACUCCGCCGCCCCCGCAGUCUCUCACGUCUCCUACUCCGGAUUGGGCGCAAGCUACGGAUGUUUACAAAUUUUCGACAAUGUUCAAUUUCAGGAGACAGAUUUAAUCCUAAAAGAAAGAUUAGUACAACUCGACCAAAAUAAGUUUGCACCUCGCGUCGAUUACAUCACACUGACGCUUAUGUACGCACACGCGAUCGCUUCCGAAAGUAUUCCAUUGACAACAGCGGAUCAAUUAAACAUGUACACCAAGGUCUUAAUCUUCCUGUGCGCCGCGGGCAUCGCCUCCGCCGGCAACCUGCUGCACGCCGCUCCACUCGCCUACAGCGCGCCCGUCUCGUCCGUCUCCUACACGUCCCACGCUGCCCCGGUCGCCGCAUACGCCACUGCCCCCGUCACAGCUUACGCCACUGGCCCAGUGCUCGCCAAAACAGUGGCUUACUCCAGCCCUGUCGUGACUAAGACUUACGCCGCACCCACCGUAGCAUCUUACGCCGCACCCGCAUACUCCGCGUACCACGCUGUCCCAGCCUACUCCACCUACCACACCGCUCCCGUCGCCACCAUCACCAAGUCCGUAGCUCCCGCAGUCUCCUACUCCUCCGUGUCGAGCUCCAAGACUGUGUCUGCUCCCGUUGUCGCGCACUACGAUCACGCCGCGCCUGCUGUGUACGCCGCCGCUGCUCCCGCUGUGUACGCCGCCUCUGCUCCCGCAGUGGCCAGCUACGCUGCCGCUCCCGUCGUCGCUAAGACGAUCGCUGCACCUGGUAUCGCCACUUACCACUCAGCCCCUGCCGUAGCUUACGCCGCCGCUCCAGUUGUCAAAUCUGCCAUCACUUACUCUGCGGCUCCAGCGGUUUCCCACGUCACCUACUCCGGUGUGGGCGUUAACUACGGAUGGUGCGGCGGCGGCGUAAGUCCUGGUGAUGACGGGGGCGGCAGCUGCAUAAGUCCUGGCGUAUACGGGAGCGGCGGCGGCAUAAGUUCUGACCACGGGGGCAGCGUACGCUCUUACGGGAGCGGCUACAGCCACGGGGGACGUAGCAUAAUGCGACUCAGUGGCGCACAAUGCCGAAUUAUGCUGAUGCUUAAUUGGAACGUGAAACGCACCAGCAGAAAUUAUUCCGUUCCGAAUUUUAAUACAAUAAACAUGUACGCUAAGUUGAUCGUCGCUCUUUGCGCUUUGGGCGUCGCCCACGGCAGCGGCCUGUUGGCAGCCGCCCCAGUGGCCUACAGCAGCCACGCCUACGCGCCCGCCGUGUCCUCUGUGUCGUCCUACUCCACACAGACCGCUCACGCCGCGCCCAUCGCCACCUACGCCGCCGCGCCCGCCAUCCACGCCGCCUACGCCGCCCCAGCGGUCUCCGUGCACGCCGCCCCAGCCGUCGCCGUGCACGCCGCUCCCGCCGUCGCCGUGAGCCGCACCAUCGCGCCCGCCGCCACCUCCUACUCUUCCUACUCCUCCACCACCGCACACGGCUCUCCCGUGGCAACCUACGCCGCUGCCCCCGCGUACUCCACGUACGCCGCCGCCGCUCCCGCCGUAGCCGUGCACGCCGCGCCCGCCGUCGCCGUGAGCCGCACCAUUGCCCCCGCCGUGUCGUCCUACUCUUCCUACUCCAGCCAGACCGCGCACGGCGCUAGGGCUAUCGUCGCUCCCGCCGCAUACGCCGCUCCCGUGGCCGCCUACUCCCGCACCUACGCCGCCGCCCCCGUGGCCGCCUACUCCCGCACCUACGCCGCCCCCGCCUACUCCACCUACUCCGCGGCCGCUCCCGCCUACUCCGCGUACUCCACUUACGCCGCUCCCGCGUACUCUAGCUACGCCGCCCCCGCGUACUCCACCUACGCCGCCGCCGCUCCCGUCCUCAGAUCAUCUGUGGCGUACUCUGCUGCCCCCGCCGUCUCCCACAUCUCCUACAACGCUCACGGCGCCAACUACGCUUGGUAAUUUAAGUCAUGGUGUUGUUAACUUGUUAUGUAAAUAAUUGAAAAAUAAAAAUCGUUCACAAAUCUAA